UGUAGGUGUCGGAGUCUCGAGCCCGGCGGCCGCGCGGUUCGAGAGAGCCGGGGGUCCCAGUGCGUCCGCGACUGUCAUGGAAGACAACAGCCCCGGCAGCUACUUUGGGGACGCGGACCAGGGUGUGGAUUGCAGCUGAACGUUUUUUAGGUGGUUCUCCUUGAAGCAUCGUCCCACGGCGUGCAGUUUCAAGUGCAGUCAGUCAAGGAUAGGCUUCGUGGCGGCCACAGGGAUGUGGACCUUCAGUCGUCUUCUGGCGAAGGAACAAGCAGUGUGAGGGCAUAUGACUACUUCGACAUCAGUGCAUCCUUGGCGCGUGGGCCGACAUAGUGACGAUCAUGUUCCCGCACGGUUCCGCGACCCUCGCCGACCUGCCUGUGAUUCCGAUCGACCUAGAAAGCUUCGCGUCGCGCACGUAUCCUACGCCCUUCGUGCACGUCAUCCGCUGGGCCAAGAUCUGGGGGUGUAUGCCCGUGUCCUACAACUAUGCCACUCGCCGCUAUAAGCUGAGUCCCUUCCUCACCUUCUGGAUCAUCUGCUCCGUCGGAUUCAACAUCCCCUGCUUCUACGACUGUAUGCUGGCCUACAUCGCCGGCGGAGAGGGCCUCACCCUCUACGUCAUGAUCCUCAUCGUCUUCGUCAUGAGCAUCUCGGCCGUCUCCGUGCACGUGCUCUCCAUCGUCAUGUACGAGGAGUGGGCCAACUUCCUCAACGACUGGAUGCUGUUCGAGCGCAAGUUCCCGACGCUCACCGAUGGCGUCCACUCCUUCAGCCUCGCCGUCCCGCUCUUCAACAGCAUUUUCAUCUGCGUCGCCUUCUUCGUGGUGAACAUCCUCAACGAACUGAGGUUCAACCUGAUCAACGAGGACGGCGUGGGGCGCAUGCUGUCCCUCGUCUACGUCUACGUCAUCUACAGCUACACCCUCUCCAUGCCCGUGCUGUGGGUGGUCAUGGCGUCCAAGGUGUUCACUCUCUGCUUCGGCCACAUCCGCCACGAGCUCGAGUCGAUGCUGGAGUGCGAGAAAUUCGGCGAAAGGUGCGCGCGCUCGCCCAUCCAGAAGUGCAUCGCCAGCGGGGACAUCAACCGCCUGCAGGAGGCCGUCCUGGACCUCCGACGCAUCAUCCAGAAAUUCAAAGUGAUCAUGGGGCCUUUCAUGCUGGUGAUGGUCCCGCACCACAUCAUCUCGCUCAUCUGCUUCCUCUACUGGACGCUCGUCUCUACCCUGGACUACAGCGACUGGUAUUUUCCUGUUAGUUUCGGCCUGCUUUCCCUGCAGGCCAUCGCGCCCAUCUUCUGCGGCGCCAUCUACAGCGAGGACAUCCACACACAGAAGAACUCCCUGAUCGAGCCUCUGCUCAUGCUCAAGGGGACCAUGAAGGAGCAGGCGAGCAAGCGGCAGAUGGACACGCUGAUCGACCACGUGAAGCGAAUGGACGCCCAGAUCGAGGGCCGCGGGUUCUUCGUCCUCAACAAGGGGAUGGCCACCACGGUGGUGAACACGGUGGUGACCUACCUGGUGGUGCUUAUCCAGUUCUACGGCAGUGGGCCCUGAGCAGGCGAGAGCGGUGAUUCACGGGUUGGGCAAAGGCGUCUGAGAUUUCGUCAGCACAACAGUUACGCAUCUAAGUCAUUUAGGUUUAGUGAAUGUUCAUUGCGUGUG